CAGUUCACACUUCACAUGAUUGCCCCUUACCUCGCUAGGCAGGCGACAACCUUUCCUUCCCCAGCUCAAAUGUACUAUAGGUGUAAUUUACCCCAGCCAUUAGCAUACUCCCCGCUUUCCCUAGGGUCUACAGUGUCCAACGUUGCGAUUCCGAUGUUGGCGGCGCUGCGAUCUCGCUUUUUCCUUUCCACUUCACCAUCAUCUUCUUUCAUCCAUCGAUCAUGGAAGCUAGGGUUUUCAGGUUCCAGCCACACUUUCUUUUCAUCAAAUGUCGAAUCCAGCAGCAGCAACAAAGGUUUACUGGACAUAAACGAGGUUGAGAACGUUCUCAAAGACGUGAGAGCGGACGACGUGAAAGUGAUACCAGUUGGAAAGCACUGUGAUUGGGCUGAUUAUAUGGUGGUCGCCACCGGUAGGUCGACAUGGCAUGUCAAGAACAUCGCUCAGGCACUUAUUUACAAGGCUAAGGAAAAGCAGAGAGGAGCUCAGCGGAUGAUGCUUCCAAGCUUGGAAGGGCAAGAGGGAGGAAAGUGGAUUGUCAUUGAUUCUGGUAAGGUAAUAAUUCAUGCUCUUGAUGAGAAGGCCAGAGCUUAUUACAAUUUGGAAGAUCUCUGGACCUCUGGCAUGCCGCCAAAAGAACCUGUUCAGGAUUUAGAGAAAGCGUUUGUGAAAAUUCGUCCCAAGAAUAAUUCAAAAAGACGAGCAGAAAGGCAUGCCUAAGCCCAGAUGAAUGAAAAUUUGCUUAUUUAGUUUUUUCACAUCAUGAAGUUCUUUGCUUCAUUCUUUGUGAUCUGUACAUUGUAAUCUCCAGUAGGUUUCAUUUGCAGUUAAUGGUACUUUUAAUA